GACAAGUGUUAAAACAUGUCAUCAAAACAUUUUUGUGUUAAAUAUUUUUGCCGGCGAUUUGUCUCACAAUCCCUUUAAAUGUGUGUUUAAUUUGAUUGUCGUUUAGCUCUCAUUCACUCAAACCUAUUGACUCUUUGGGCCAUUAAUACCACUAUUUGUUGGUUCACUCGGCGAUUGAAUCGCAAAAACUUUUCACUUGUAAUCAAACCGUGAAAAUAAUGAUCAGAUUUCUACUAUUGUUUGUCGUGUCGUGCGGUUUGUCAUCAGAUUUCGCGAAUGGAGUGGCGGUGAUGUCUGUGGACUUGGGCUCCGAGUGGAUGAAAGUGGCGAUUGUCUCGCCGGGAGUGCCGAUGGAGAUCGUGUUGAACACGGAUUCCCAGCGCAAGACACCAAUCAUUGUCUCCUUCAGGGAUGGCGAGCGACUCAUCGGUGACUCCGCACAGGCGGUCGCCACCAGAUUCCCGGACAAGGCGUUCGCCUACUUCUUGGACCUGUUGGCCAAACACCAGAACUCAUCAGUGGUUCAGUUGUUUCACAAACGCUUUCCUUAUCAUAAGAUCGCCGACACAUCCAAUGGCAUUAGUCUGACGACCAGCGAUGGACUCGUGUUCACACCCGAGGAGUUGCUGUCAAUGGUGUUGUCGAAGGCCAAGGUGUACGCCGAGGAGGCGUCCAAACAGCCCAUCAACGACUGUGUCAUAACAGUGCCGCCGUAUUUCACUCAAGCGGAACGACGGGCCCUCCUAUUGGCCGCCGAUUUGGCCAAACUUAAGGUCCUUCAA